AAAGCUAUCAGUUCUGCAGUGAGGAAGGCUGGAAUUUCGCAAUUGUUUGGAGUAGCUGGAGACAUCAAUGUUCAAGGAGAGGAGGUGAAAAAGCUGGAUGUAUUCUCCAAUGAGCUUUUCAUCAACUUACUCAGGUCUUCCUACACAACAUGUCUCCUGGUCUCAGAAGAGAAUGAGACUGUCAUUGAGGUGGAAACUGAGAGACAAGGAAAAUAUAUUGUCAUGUUUGACCCACUGGAUGGUUCUUCCAACAUUGACUGUCUGGUCUCCAUUGGAUCAAUUUUUGGGAUCUGGAAAAGAUCUCCAGAUGCUCAAGGACCACCUGUUGUCCAGGAAGCUCUACAGCCAGGAAGGAAAAUGGUGGCUGCUGGAUAUGCCCUGUAUGGCUCUGCCACCAUGAUGGUGGUGUCAGCUGGUGGAUCAGUCAAUGGAUUCAUGUUGGAUCCAGCUAUUGGUGAGUUUGUCCUCACAGAUGCUGACAUGAGAAUCAAGCCCAGAGGCAAAUUAUACAGUCUCAAUGAAGGAUAUGAGUCAUUGUGGGACCCUGCUGUUGUUGAGUACGUCAGGAGCCGCAAAUUCCCCAAGGAAGGAAAGCCAUAUGGUCAGCGAUAUGUUGGGUCAAUGGUGGCUGACGUUCACCGAACACUGAAAUACGGCGGUGUUUUUAUGUAUCCAGCUACGAAAGAUGCAUUGAAGGGGAAGCUGCGUCUGAUGUACGAAUGCAAUCCAAUGAGCUAUCUGAUGGAGAAUGCUGGAGGCAUGGCGACAACGGGGGAAAUGCCGAUCCUAGAUGUCGUUCCAACGUCAAUCCACCAGCGCUGUCCAAUUGUGCUGGGCUCUAAAGAAGACGUGGAAGACUACAUUGAAAUAGUCAAGAAACACAAGCAGUAGUGUGAAACAAACACUCCUUCAUGAUGGUAUCUCUAAAUGUCACUUGGUUAAAAAAAAAAAAGUAAGGAAGCAAGUCAGCUGGUGACCAGUGGGUGCCUUCUUUUUUUUGGCUGGAGAAUCUGAUGUUAUCUUAAUCGAGUUUUUCUCGGAAUCCUGGAGAGAAAAAAAAAACUUCCGAGCUGGUUAUAGGGGUUUGUUGUCGUGCUUUUUUUUGUGCUGCGCUUGUCUUUAGAAAUUUAAUCAAAAGGUGUGGAAUGAAGCCGGGAAAUCUGAUUGUUU